AUACCAAAGAGUUCCAUAUAGGCAAAAUACUAAAUGUCAGUACCUGACAAUCUUGACCAUUCCAAGCGCCACAAAUCAGUUUCGAAAUAGCGGCGACUCGCAAAAGAAGCGAUAAAGUUUUUCCUGGAGAACUAACAACCAAAGAAGCGGCGAAAAUGGUUGAAGACAAAGCCUAUUACGCCGUGGCAGGCCCCAAUUUCGAGGAGUACGUCGUGUGCCCCUACGAUAGCGCCCACCGCCUACUGCCGCUCCGCUUGACCUAUCACUUGGUCCGCUGCGCCAAGAACUUCCCAUCCUCCAAGAUGGUGCGCUGCCCCUUCAAUACAACCCAUUUGUACUCGGUGGCCAACUUGCAGAAACAUGUCAUGGAGUGCCCCAAUCGGUCGGCCCUCGAGCGCUACAAGCUGCCGGACGUGUUGCCCCCCGUGGAGCCGCGGGCUUGUGAGUUCACCGUGGAGUCCUCCGAGGAUUGGGACGCCGAGCCGCCAGCCCCCACUUACAAUCCCAGGAAGUAUUGCGAGGAGCAGCUCAUCAUCCGCAAUCCCCAAGGAAACCCGCCGGCCGCUCGCCGUGAGUUCCGCGAGCGCGAACGCAGGCGGUUUUUGGAAAGAAAUAAGUUCUAGGUGUCAAUAUCUACGAUAUGAACGUAUUUCUACAAAUUUAACACCCUAACAUGUAGUUCCUAAGUAAUUUGAUGCAUUUCCAAGAAGGAGUGGCGAUUCGUCGGUUUCUUGUUUUUCGCAUUGGUCAGCGAGUUUCUCAACUAGAGAACCCCUUUUCCAAGAACUCAAAGAAGCAGUUCAAAACACAUUAACAAUCUUUAUUAAGCGCUAACACAAAAAUAACCGUGUAUUACAGUAUUAAUUAAAGGACAAGAUUGCAAAACGGUGAAAUAA